GAGCUCUGCCCCCCGGCCCCUGCAUGGCAAGCUGGAGGCCAUCCACGGCUGCGUGCAGGCCCUGCUGCGGGACCCGGUGCAGCCGCAGCUGUGGGAGCAGCUGGGGCAGGUCUACGAGUCGGAGCAGGACUGGGAGGAGGCCGUGCGGUGCUACCAGAAUGCGGCCCGCUACCAGCGCGACUAUGGGAACUACAGCGAGAUCAGCGCCCGCAUCGGGCGCCUGCAGCAGGCUCAGCUGUGGAAUUUCCACUCGGGUUCGUCCCAUCACCGGAGCAAGGCCCUGCCCCCCCUGCAGCAGGUGUGGAACCUCCUGCACCUCGAGAAGCGGAAUUUCUCAGCCAAGCGCAGCCCCCAGCUGAAGCGGCUGGCGCCCCCCAUGGAGCCUCCCGUGGUGCAGCCCAUUCCCCCCGCCCAGCACCCACCCCACCCCGGGCACAGCGAGGAGCUGCCCAGCCCCAUGAAGAGGAGGAGGAGCGCCAGCCCCGAGCAGAGCGGGAACGUGACUGGACAGCCCCCCCCCAGGAGCCCCCCACUACCAGCAGCCCAAGCCUGGGCUGUGGAACCCCCUCCAUGGCGACACGUGGGGGCCCGAGCGCAAGAACGUGGCUGCGCCGGAGAGACAGGUAACCCCCCCUCUCGUACCCCCGGCCACCACACCCUCCCGG